CCUUUUCGACUUGCGGCGGAUGGCACGGAGUUGAGCAAAGCGCCCUGCUGUCACCGCGGCUCUCCUGUUUUCAUCAGCCGCUUAGCAAACUGCAACUUUUCUGUUCCGCCGCCGCUGCUGCUGCUGCUGCCAUGGCCUCAGGAACCAGGCCCCUGAUAGGGCACGUCUGCGUGGUGACUGGCGCUUCGAGGGGCAUCGGGAAAGGCGUCGCGCUGCAGCUGUCGGAGGCGGGCGCCACAGUUUAUAUCACGGGCAGGAACCGGGAAACUCUGGAGCAAGCGGCGGCGGAGGUGCAAAGCAGGGGCAGCAAGUGCGUGCCGGUGGUGUGCGACUCUACCCGAGAGGAAGACGUGGCGGCGCUGUUCGAGCGCGUCCGAAAGGAGCAAGCUGGCCGCCUGGAUGUUUUGGUCAACAGCGCUUUCUCCGCGGUGACCACCCUCUCCAAAGAGAUCGGUGUGCCGUUCUGGGAAAGCGAGACGUCCCUCUGGGAUCAGGUCAACAACGCAGGCCUGAGAGGCAACUAUUUCUGCACGGUUCAUGCUGCCCGGCUCAUGGUGCCCGCCGGACGCGGUCUCAUUGUCAUCAUUUCCUCGCCCGGUGGGCUGCGGUACAUGUUCGACGUGCCGUACGGGGUGGGGAAAGCUGCCUGCGACCGCAUGGCGGCUGACUGUGGCGUCGAGCUGCGUCCCUUCGGCGUGGCCUGCGUGUCCCUUUGGCCCGGGUUGGUUCGCACCGAACUGGUCGUGCAGCAAGCGGAGGAUGUCAAGAAACUAUUCAAGGACCUGCCGGAGCGGCUGGCCAACAUGGCGGAGAGUCCCGAAGUGAGCGGGAAAUGCGUGGUGGCCUUGGCCUCGGAUCCCCAAGUCAUGAGGCACAGCGGCAAGGUGCUCCUCAGCCCAGAUCUUGCUCGUCUCUACCGGUUUAAGGACGUGGAUGGACGUGACGUCUAUAAUUAUGUUUCGGUUCGGAAAAUCUUUACCGAAUUGAUGCCCAAACUGUCUUUCCUUUUCUGGUUCAUUCCCUCCUUUAUCACUAUCCCUAAGUGGGCCCUUACUCUUUAUUCCAGCAAGUUUGCGAUCUACCCUCCCAUUCAGCCGGCGGAUUUUAAACCACUUAAAAAAGACUGAUCCGUGUGGUGCACGCCUUAGGAGCAUGUUUGGAAACAAGGGCAAUCUUUGUGAAAAAAUAAUAAUGAUUGUUUUGAUCGGGUCGUUCUAUGAUUAGUUCUCAGAUUUCAUCUCUUAAAAAUCAAGAAAAGCGAAUUAUUUGCAGGAAAGUUCUAAAAGUUCAUUUGAAGAAUUGCUCUGAAAGGAAAGCUUUAGGAGACAAUUUCUUACUCUCUAAGAUCUGUUUCAGUGUUUUUGAGACAGCAUUAGCUGCUAAGUUACUUAAUAUUUCUGUACUAUCUAAAACAGGGUUUGGGGUUUAUGAAAGAAUCAUUCACAUACUUGAAAGUGAUGGAGCUACUUACAACUAAGAAUACUGUACUUAAAAGAUGUCAAGCCACCUAGGAGAAAUGCUUGUUUUGUUUUUAUCUUUGUUGAGCACAUUUAAAUACUCUGCCAGAGCCUGUUUGUAUCCCAGUCUUCAAUAUUUUGUUUCCAUAAAAACAAUUGUCAAUUUGAAAUACAUGUGAUAUUACGAAGUUUACUUAAAACAAAAAUCAAAACUUUUAAAGAAAAGGGUUCUUCUCCUGCCAAGUCCCAAGGUGAAGCUUGGGGGAGGAAAUCCUUUUAUAUGUCUCUUUUUCAGCCUUCAAAAGAUUCCAGAAUUCUGUUCAUUCCAAAGCCAAAUAUUAGCAGAGUUAGUCCUGAUGAAAGAAAAGCCCAUAGAGACAGCCCAUAUUAAGCCUUAUCGUAUACUCAAAUCAGCAAAUAUUAGCAAAUGUAAUUAGAGCCAUGUCAGAACAAAGUUUAUUAAAAACCAUUUUGAAACAGAUAAGGGGGCAUAAAACAAAGUCCUGAAUAAGGAGUACAGUGGGUGGGGAAAAGAAACACCUCACUGUUCAGUUUAUUGUCUGUAUAAUUCCCAAAGAAGCAAGUUCUUCUAGUGAAGGACAAGCUUGUUCUUUUCAUAAAUAAACCAUUGUUUGUUCCUAAAAGGUCUAAGGAAGCUGAUGCUUGCUCGCUUGCUAAGUUUUGUAUUCUGUUGAGAACCCUGUGACCACAAAUCAAUAAAACUUUAAAAGCUCCACAGCUAUUUGA